GUUAUAUUAGAGUUUUAAUUAAUUUAUUACCUGACGCCAAAUCACUCGAUGAUGCGUGAUUAUAGAUCUCCACAUAUAUACUCGAAUGAAUCCGGCAUCUGCAAUUAUACACACCCUUGUCCCGAGCGAGCGUAGUGUUCCACCUGUCUAUCCCACCUUAUCGACGCCCGCAUCACGCCCGGUGUUUGGCCAACCGCACGCAGCACCGUUUCGCGCGCAACUCAUUCGCGCACUCCUAAGAUCUGCGUAUAUCCGCAGUGGACCUCGUAACCGUCCAAGUGCGUCCACUUCUCACCAGGAGGCUGUCAAGAGGGCGCCGGAAGACAAUGUUGCCGCAGACGCAGACAACGGUCGAACGCAAAAACGAGGACCUAUGGGGACAAGCCGUACACAGGCGUUGGCGGGUAGCUCAAGCCAUCCGAGCCCUUGUUCGUAGUGAAGGAAGCAUUCCAUGCCAUUGACAGGACUGAGGUUUGGCAUCCUGCGUCCCGUCCGACCACCAGUGCAGCUGUAGCAGACGACCGCGUCCAGCAGCCGGUCAGCGGUCCUCGCAUGCGCCAGUCCCACUCUAAAUUGGCAGCACCUAGAGAUGAAGGAGUCGCCUAAGAGACGCAAGCAGGGCAUACGCGGAGAAAUCGCCCGCUGCGACCCCGUCUGUCCCUAUCGCGCUGUACCGUAGACAAUGCUACACACCUGCAGCUAUGCUCAUGUCGAUGCCUGCUUGAUGGGGUUCUUGGAUACCAAGCCCAUGAGGGCGCGCGCGUCCCGAAUGGUCGCGAUGGCGAUCUACACAUCUGGGGCCUGGGCGUGCGUUGUCUUCGGGGACCAAGAUUGAGGGUAACCUUGAAGCUUAUCGCAGAAGGGACAGAGAACAGGGUAGCAAGAAGGUGUCGAGCAGCAUGUGAGG